AUGAAGAGCUCAACUAGCGAUAUUAUGGAGCGGCCAGCAAAGCGUGCUCGAGUGUCAUCCCCGAAUGAACCACCCCAUGAAGAGCUUGCGGACUGGGACCUGCAGGCAGCGCGCGCCCGGAACGAUCUAAACCUUAAAUCGAUAUUCGAAGGAAUCUUUGCAAAAUAUAGUAAGGAUUUUACAGAAGAAGGCGAUGAGAUCGAUCUACAAACGGGGGAGAUUAUUGUUGACCAUGGGCACUUGCUGGGCAUGCAUGAGGAGGGUGGUUCCAACGAGGCUACAGAAGCAUGGAACUAUGAAGCUGCCAGACAAGCCAGAAAAAGCGCAGAUACGGACGCUGAGGACCAAGACGUGGGAGAUGAUGAGGACAGCGCGAACUUGUCUGAGGACGAUGAAGAUGAUCUCGUGGCUUCAGAAUCUGACAAAGAAGCAGAUAUCUGCCGACCGAGCGACUCUGCACCACCCGGUCCCAUCUUGGAUAAACCAGAUGCGACCCCCGUCUUGCCACAGGAUACUUUUGAACAAUUCAACAAAAUCGUCGCCCCGAUAGACCCAAUUUGGGAGGCCCCCGAAUUGCCUGUGUUCUCCACCCCUACCGCUGAAACACGACGUGUUCAAGUUCCACCAAAUCUUCCAAACUUGCGGCGGGAGCCAUCUCCACCGGGGUCUGGAUCCCUUUGGGCAAUCCCGAAGCGAGGUCGACCCUUUACAGAAGGUAAACCAAGAGCAACCCCGAGCAAAACCCGCCCUCGGGCGAAGCGGAAGCACCAUUCAAGCCCAGUGGCGUACGACUGGUCAUUCGCAGCCAUGACCGAAGACGAUGACUCGGAUGACCCACUACAGGAGGAACAACCGUCGCCAUCUGUCUUAAAACUAAAAUCAUGGAAUAUUCGCGGGAAGACAACAAAUCCGCCCACCCUUACAUGCUCACCUUUGGCCCGCCAGCCAUUACCAGGCCCGAGCAAGACAAAGCCGCCCGAACCCCCUCAGCACCAAUCCACUACCGACGCCGCUCAUAAUCAAGAAGACAAGGCUAGACAUAAGUCCUAUUUACAGAGCUAUGUGGCAUCCGCGAGACCUUAUUCAUUGAAGUCAACUACAGCGCCUGGAACGGCGGGGGGUUCCCGCGGAGACUACGCCCACCAGGUCACGGCGGCCUUUAUCACUCGAUGA